ACACACACACACACACACACACACACACAGAGAGAGAGAGAGAGCAAUUUGUAAUUUGAUUUUCAAAUCAUUUAAAAUCAUGCUCCGGUUAGUAAGAUGCUAUGUUCAUUUAGUACUAAGUUUUAAUUAACUAUUGUUCAACAUACAAGUGCUUAAAAUCUAGGCUGCUUCUUUACGUGGGAACUGACAGAGCACUUGUAUUUUGAACAUUAAGGUUGGUAAUUUGUUGGACAUAUAAUAUUUGCUUUGUGAGUUUUACAGUACAACAGAACACAAUGUGAGGUAACAACUUCUAUUUAAUUCUAGUUACAGUAUUCUUUAUCAUUCAUGUAUUUUCUCUUUCUAUUGUUUAGUUCAGCUAUUUUUUUACUAUAUUUAAGAAAUAUAACUCAUCUGAAUUCUACUUCUAGUAUAUAUUCAAUAUUAAGCAAGUUGAUUUUUUUUUAGUUUUUCUUUUUUUAAGAAACUGAUGUGAGGUUUCCCAAGUAGUGAUGUAUAGUUACUGGAUUCAUGUAUGAUUAUAUAAAAUGAAUCCGUAGUUGUCUGAUAUGUAAUGCCAUGGUUUUGUCAUUUGAUAUGUAAUGCCAUGGUCUAGCAGAAACUUUCAAAAGUUUACCAUCUUAAUAACUUUUAAUUGGAGCAAACUAUGUACUUGGAUCAAAACUAAAAAUCAAGCUGAUUAUGAAUAUAGCUAAUUAAAUACACUUUUUUUACAUUAUUGCAUCUAAAGAUUAUAAUGUAUUGUUCCAUCAGUAGAUAUUCUUGUUGGUAAUAAUAUUUUCAGAUGUAAGUUAAGUGAGACUGACAAGAGAAGUCAAGAAAUAUAUUAUUACCUUAUAAUUAUUUUGAUGUAAUAAUAUUUUGAGAAGUGUUUAAUUGGGUUUUUUUCUUCUGGCUCUCUUUUUUUUUUCCUGCUCUGUUAUUGAUGUUGAUUUAAGUGAUUUGAUAUUGACAUCAUUGUUGUUUCAUCUUUGAAUGUUUGUUAGAGAAUUAAGUACAUAGUUACAAAGUCCUUGCCAUGCACUGAUUUUUGUAAUGUCUUUGACUUAUUAAACUUUAUUAUGUUCAAUAAAUCAGUAAGUUACUGAUAGUAAUGUGGUUGAUUGCUACAUUGAUAACAUGGUUGGUUGACAUGUUACACUGGUGCCCAAACAUGGAAUCUUUCUUUUCACAAAUUGAGAUACUUUUGAGUUGUUUUAUUGGUCAUGGAUUCUUUCCUACAAGUAGUCUAGAAAUAAGUUAAAUAAAGUGAGAACUUAAAAAGUAAAAGUUAAUUUAAAGUUGCUAUUGAGUUAUGAUGGAGAUCAGUAAAGCUGGUGUGACUCAUCUGUCUCCAAUACCACCUCAUAUUUCAACAUGAUAACCAUCUACAGGCACUACCAUGUUAUUCUACUCCAGUAUGUGCUGGGAAAUGUUAUGCCUUGUUGGCCCAGCAGGGGACUGUUACUCAACAGGAAAGUGCCAAUGUCAGAUACAAAACAUAGCCUGCAGCAGUUGUGGAAACCUGGUAGGAUAUCAUGUCAUCCAGCCCUGUUCAGACUGUUUAAGUGACUGUAACAAUGGUCACUUAUGGAUGUUUCACACCAGUGCCAUCAAGCCACACAUGAGGUUGAACUCUAAAGGAACUGACUACUUGUUGUGGCAAGAUAUGGAGAAUGAUGGAGCCAAGUCUGUGAUCUAUGAAGAACAAGAAGAGUCCUGUGAAAGAUAAGAAAUUUCCUAAUCAGAUAUUUUAAAGAUUGUUUUCAACAUGUUUUAACAAAAAGAAAAAGUAUUUGACUUUCUAGCACCCUUAGAAGUCACCAGCAGAAGAGUUGAAUAUAUGCCAGCAAGACGACCUAGUUUUUCCAGGAUGGGGUUGUUUAUUACACAAUAUUUGCCAUUGCUGCUUUUCAGGCACUGUAAAUGUAUGGUUGGGCUUCUUUAGCAGCAGUUAAUUUUGUGCUUAGUUUCAUAAAUCCAUGUUUUUUUUUAAUGUUAUUGAAAAAAUUGUAGUGGUUGAUGUUGGGCAAUAAAAAAUCUUUACUGCAAAAGAUUUAUGCCAUUUUCAGUAAACUUUUUUGUAAAGGUACUCUAAUAAUUGCUGUUGCUUUAAGUUUUUUUUUAUCAACUUUUGUAAUUAUUGUGUAUGGUUGUAACAAAAUGAAAGUAUUAUUCAAUUCAGUUUUUGUUGUGAUUAAACUAUUUUUCCUGAAAUGUCUCAUAAACAGGAAUAUGAAUUAAAACCGGUAUAUUAUAAGUUAAUACUUUUAUCAAGUUUUUUUUUUUUCUGUUAUUCUUCAUACAUUAAUAUACAAGUACCAGAUGAUUAUUAGUGCAACUUUGUUUUCUUCUUUGAGUCACAGAAGCCUGUUAACUUGAUUGACCUAUCCUGAAAACAUUACAUUGGAUGUAAUUUCAUUUAAUACCUGGGUAGGUCUUAUCACUCUGUUUGACAUACUGUGUUUGUACAGAGAUGUGUUCAUGUAGGUGACUGUUACUUUUACAAAAUUUAAUGUUAUUCAUCUGAGAUGAAAUGAGACAUUUUCUUUGAAUGUAGUAUAACAUUACUUGCUUUGAUUUUUGUAAAGUGCAAGUAAACCCUCUUUUGAUAGGCACUUUUUUUUACUAAAAUAUAGGUCAAUUUAUUGACAAGGUAUAUAAUGAUAUUUUCCUUUUUUUUUAAGCUUAGUAUUGGACUACAGCUUAGCCAGUAGCUUCAUACUUAGUAUUGGACUACAGCUUAGCCAGUAGCUUCAUACAAAUGUUAGUUGAUGUUAUGUCAGCCUUUAUAUUAAAGUUCUUAGUACAUUGUUAAAGAGCCAGGACAUACUGGGUAUCAUUGGGUUGUUAAGAAGAUUUUGGUCAUCUUUCCAAAUCUUUCAUUGUUACUAUUGCAAUUUAAUGUUUGUAUUGUUGAAAAACUUAGAUCAAUCAAGUACGUGAUCUCACUUCUGUACUGUACCUGAAAUAAAAGUAACUCUAACUGAUUGUGGGACAGAAUCCACUGUAUUAUUUGUGUUAAAUAACCAAAGAUAUUGUUAUUGUAAACCAUGAAACUAUGGAGUUAAAAGUUAAUAAAAUCAAAUCAUAAA